AUGACUGUACUAAGUAAAUUUGUUGCUGGGACAUUAGGAUUACGUAUUUUACAUGGUAAUUGUUAUGAAAUAUGCCAUACAUGGAAUCCAAAUUGUGAAUUAGCUAUUAUGGAUGCUGUUUAUGAUAGUUUAGUAUUUUCAUUUAAAACAUAUUUUCCUUUAUAUUUUAUUGCUUCUGUUGCCGCAAAAAAAAAUUUAAAAAAAGCAAUAAAUUAUAAACUUUUUAUAAAUUCUAUUAGAUCAACAAUAUUUUUAACAUGUAAUAUGUGUUUCUAUGUCUAUGGAAUAUGUUGUUUUCAUAGAUUUUUAGGAUUUUCAACAGUUUUAACAACAGGAAUAAUUAGUGCAUCAUUAAGUUCUUUUUUAGCAAUUUUAAUAGAAAAACGAUCGAGAAGACAUGCAUUAGCUGUUUAUUUAACAAAUCUAGCAACAGAAACAUUAUAUAGACAAGGAAUAGAACAUGGAUAUUUACCAUAUAUACCUUAUGGUGAAAUUAUUCCAUUUAGUAUUGGUUUAGGUGGUAUGAUGUAUUAUUAUAAAAAAGGAAAAUUAGAUGGUUUUCUAAGUAAAAUAAUGGAAUUUAUUUUUAGAAAUAAAGAUAAUGAAGAAUUAAAAAAAGAAAAAUAUUUUAAUAUUAAAAAAAUAACAUAUAUUUUAAAAUAUUUACGUGAAAAUUUUAAAAAAUCAAAAAUUUGUACACAUAAAAAUUCUUGCCUUAGUCAUAGUAUAGAAGGAUCUAUAAGAAAUUUUUGUUGGGGUUUAAUAGCAAGUAUAUUUUUAACUAUUAUAGGAAAUAUCAAAUCUUUACCAAGUAAACCAAUAAAAUUUUUAACAUCAAUUUGUAACAAAAAAUUAUUUAAAAUUCCUAUAUUUUUUUCUGCAAUACCUGCUAUACAAAAUACUAUUCAAUGUUUUUUAAAUAGAUAUAUACCAGAAAAAUAUAAACAUUUAAAUCCAAUUAUUGGAGCAAGUAUUUCUGGAUUAUCACUUCCAUUGUUUCCAAAUUUAUCAAUUGCUUUAUAUUUCUUCUGGAAAUUUAUUGAAACAUUUUAUAAAGAUAUGAUGGAAAAAGAAUAUUUUCCACGUAUUAAGCAUUGGAAGGUACUACUUUAUACAAUUUCAACUGGUUAUGUUUUAAGUAUUGCUGUUUUUGAACCACAUUUGUUAAGAAAAGGAUAUUACAAUUUCCUUGAUAAAUUAACAGGCCAUAAAAUACGUCAAUUUAAUAGGAGGAUAUUUGAUCAUAUAGCAAGAUUUGGUUUAAAUUCAAAUAAACUUUAUGAAUCAAAGACUAUUUUGAUUAAUACGAAAUAUGCAUUAAUAAAUCCUGCAUUUUAUUUAAAUAGAUAA